AUGGUUGUCUUGAAAUUCUGUUCCGGAAACUGUGAAGUGCUCACGCUUUUGAUUGGGCAUGAUCAAGCUAUACCUCAUGCUGCUCGCUGGGUCAUGCGUAAGAUAAGGAAUAAUAUCUGCUGCUCCGAGACCGCAUAUACUGUUGAUAAUGUACUUGACUUGGACCGAAAAUCGUUUACUCUAGAUGAGAAGUCAACUUAUCAACUUCUCCUUGAUGCUCAUAUGUAUCAUUACUCUUUGAUUCGCUUCUACCUUGAUGAUAACAUGAUUGCUAUCCCGAAAACUUACAUUUUCAAUGAGGAAGAUGAAGAUUACGCUCUUGAAAAAGAUCAUCAUCAGGAACCUCUAACUGAGGAAGUUUGUGAAGAUUCUAAGGAAUCCACACCAGACUUGGAACUGCGAGAAUUCCUAAGAUUCCUCGAGAACCGACAAACUCUUGUCAUGAAAGCUGCGCUCAAGGCUAGAGAUCAGCAACAGCGUCUGUUGGCGUCAUGUGAAGCAUUUGGUAAUUUAUCUCAACGCAACGACUUAGAGGCGGCCUUCUUACCAGAUAUGCCAGCUCCUGAUUCGCAGGAAGAAUUUUUCGAUCCUAUCUGCUGCACCUCGGAGGCAACAAGGGUUGACCAUUUUGUUGAUGCUCUUUUCGAUUUUUCAAAGAAAGAGGAAAAUGAGAUUUACACAAAGUCUCCACUAGAUAAGAAGCAUAAUGCUUCCUUCUCGUUUUCUACUCCAAAAUUCUCGGAUAACUUUGUUAACUAUGAUGUAGAUAGAAAAGCGGAAGCUAACUUUGCUGAAACAAUAGCUGAGUGGGAAGGAAUGAGAAGAAACGUUCAGCCUUUCCAGAAACAGAUCUCGGAGAUUCAAGAAGCGAAAAAAAAAGCGAAAAAGACAAAUAUGUUUGAUAGUGAUGUUAUGUACGCUUUAGAUUGUUUUAACUCCUGGCCUGAUCGCUCUAAACAUUAUGAGAGCGCGAUAAAAAAUAAAUCAAUGAAGUAUCCAGAUAUAAAUAUAACUAUGGAAUCAAGCCAAGCGGAGGGAUCUCUAUCGAUGACGGUGGCUACCAGUACUGAUGUGGAAGGAAAAAUUGACAUGGUACCAGCUUAUACACAAACCGAACUUCAAAUGUUAAAGGAGUUUGAACAGUUGAAAAUUUCUGGUCAGAAUUCCGAGACGAUGAUUAAUCUAGAGAAAGCGUCCGUAUCGGGAGAUAGUUCCACCAAAAUGAUGGAAGAUUACGCCGAGUGCUCCGUGUUUUGCUUGAAAACAUGCUUAGAGAAAGUAGAAGAAGCUUUGCAAGAUAUAACUUCCAAAUCAGUAACUACUUCAAGCCAAUCGGACGCUAUCGAGAAAUCGUCUAGAAAAGGAGCUUCUAAGCUUAUACGAGAAGCUGCAAGAUCUUUAGAUCUAGAUAAUAAGAGAACCAAAAGAGAAAAAGAAGAGAAAAAAGAGAGAAAGGAGAGAAAGGAGAAGGAAAGAAAAGAAAAGAAAGAGAAAAAAGAAAAGAAAGAGCGUAAAGAUAAAAAGAAAAGAGAGAGAAAGUUCACUGAGUGUAAGAUAACUAGAAUCAUUUCUGGUGAUGAACCUAAGAAUAUUGUAAGCCUCACAUCACAUGUUAAUUGUGACGAGACAAACAAAGCAGUUGUUGAAAGGGCUCCAUGUGAAGUCUAUGAAGAUUACAAGAAUUCCAAGUAUCACAAGUUCUUCCCCGAACAGCCUAUUUGUCCCAAAGUCGGAGAAAUGCUUGUUCUUCAUUCCUUAGACGAGCUGCCUCUAGAGAAAAUGGAAGAGUUGAAUCUUGUACGCAUUGAUGGACAAAAUUUCAAGAGAGUAAAAACAAGAAGGCUCAAUAAUUUGAGACCUGUCUAUAGAGAUGAAGAAAUGAAUAGUAUGGUUGCCCCCGAACCUUGUCUCGUAUUUACAGAGGAGUCUGAUUUCAUAAGAGAUGAGAAUACAGUUCUCAAAUAUUUCCGGCUGAAAAACAUUGGUAAAGUGAAUAUCCGUUUUGCACAGAUCAUGAUUCGAUACAUGAGCAAUUUGGAAAUAAUUGAUAUGAUUGCUCUUCCUACUUUGAUCGAGAUUGAAAACGAAUACGACAUUAUGAUCAUGGUCAAACCAACCGAUCCUAGGAAAGAAGCUGUGCUCAUAAUCCAAGUGGUAGCUGAGACAGUUCUCUCUUUACCAACAGCUCUUAUCGUUCCCAUGCUCGAGGCUUUCAACACGGAAGGUAACCAAUUGGAAGGAACUUCUCAAAUGAUCGAUGAUGGCUCAUGGUAUCCUUCUAAAUGUCUGGUAUCCAAAAAACCGAAGAACGCUAUCACUAUUGCUGGGGAUGUCACGGGAGAGUGUACUCUAGCCAGACGUUUGAGAUUAUUGCAUGAAAUGCAAUCAUCAGGACAAACGCGCGCCUUACUUGGAACGAUUUCUAACAACGAAUGUUCUCUUCCAAAGUACCUCGAAGGAGAAGAAGAAAACAACUCUACUGCUUCGGAAGAGCUUCUGUCAAAUUGUGAUUCAGAAACUAUCACUGAAAAAUUAGGCGAAGAUGCUCCGUUGUUAUCAGAUAACUUGGAACUACCUUCCAAUGAUGAUUUUGCUGAGGCUGAAAGCGAUUUCUCUGAUGUAGAAGCCAUUGUUAGCAGCAUUGGAAGUGAUGACUCUGAUUCAUCCGAUGAGUACGAAUUAGUUGGCGAAGGCGAUGAGCUCGCUUCGUAUGAGUACGUAGAUGAUAACGAAUGA